ACUUCAGUUUCAGUCCUCUUUCUCCUCAGCUUCUGUCUUCUCCGGCUAGGACGAACGCGCAGAGCAAACUGAAAAUCAUGGCGGGAGAUCCACCGGAUUCGCAGCAACCAGAUUGCUCCUUCGUUUGGGAUGAGGCGUCUCAGCUGUACUACCAUGCCGGGACUGGAUUUUAUCAUGAACCGAAUGGCGGGUGGUACUACAGCAGCAAAGAUGGUGUUUAUUACAAGUUCGAAGAUGGGAAUUAUGUGCCUUUGGAAUCUAACAUGGUGGAAGAAUCUGACGCUCAUCAGUGUGAAGGAAGUUCUUCUGUGUACCCCGUUCAAGAUGAAUCCUCUUCUCACUCGUGUGCUGGUGGGUACGAGAAGUUAUUUGUAAAAGGAGAUGGACAAGAUAUAAUUGGAGUUGCACAAGACAAUAGUUUUUCCGGCAGCCUUUGUGCGGAAAGUCCUACUCCUCAAAAUCCACCCCCACCAUCGGAAUGGUUAGAGGAUACACUCAUCGAACUUUAUUUGUCCAAUUAUUCCAAAUCUGGAGCUGAUGCUAGUGAAGAUGCGGCAAAAUCUGUAGAGGCAUGUAACAGGACCGAUGUUAAUCUGUUAUCGAAUGAAGAGAGUGAAGAUUACGAGUUAGAGGAAGGAGAAUGGAUUCCAGAGGAUGACUAUAAUCCAUCUGAUUCCAUUGGAAAUACUUUAUCUGAAGGAUUCAAUGAGGAUGAGGAGAACUGGCGAGCUCAAUAUGGUCAGGUCACUCAGGUUCGCGAAGAACUUGUGGUAGAUUUCCCAGUCGUGGAUUUGUGGGACUGGUCUAUGGUAAGAGGAGCAGGAAAGGAUGGAAAAGUUCAGGUGGCCCGUUUAGUUGGACGACCUGUCAAGCAAACUGUUAAGCUCCAUCCCUCAGUGCCCGCUGGUGGAGGCCUUCUAAAGACUGCUCCAAUAUGCCAAGUGAGCUUCGAUCUGGUACGAGUUAGGACAGGACAAGUAUACAAGUUGCGAAGUCCUAGUGCAAGAUACUUAGCUUCCCUGUCUUCAUAUGAUUCUUCCAAUCCAACAAAAGAUUGGGGGUUCCCUGACUUUUCAGUCGAUGACCACUCUCUUCCCUUGUCCAAAUCCCGCAAGAACAGCAAACUUAAAUUAGCUGAUGAGGCUGGAACUAACAUUAUGUUAGAUCAACUGUUAGGAUCUGAGAAGCAUAAAGAACAAAGAUAUAGGGACAGAGCUGCUGAGAGAAGAACCUUGCAUGGUGGUUUCAGUUUUGGCCCUGGACAGAAGAAUUCUCUAUCAAAUGCUGAUGAUGCGCAAUCUUCACCACCUUCUGUGUCCACAGAGGAAGCUGCAGCAGAGGCCAUGAACAUGACUUUUGGAGCUGGUAGUUAUGCCCGAAAGGUCCUCGAAAAUAUGGGCUGGAAAGAGGGAGAAGCUCUAGGCAGCAGCACAAAGGGUUUACUCGAACCAAUUCGGGCUGUUGGGAAUGUUGGCAGUGCUGGGUUGGGCUGGCCUCAAAGAGCCAAACACAAAUGAGAUGCUCAAGCUCUCUCUUAAGAAGUAUGUAUGACCACAGUAUGUAUUGUUUCUCUUCAGAGGGACCUUGUGCUUAGGGCAGUAGAUAAAUGUCUUGUUACCUAAUGAUGAAUAAGAUAAAUAGGAUAGUCCAUGCUUAUUCAACUUGAAUUAAAUUUUUCUAAAUGAAAUAUUGACAUGUUGAUUUAAGAUGAAGCAUUCCCUCAAUGCCUAUCAUUAUGUUCAUAAACAGUAUUAUACUUUGGA